AUGGCGAAUGCCAAGGUUGAUGAUUUGACAUACGAGGGAGAAUUGAAUGAAAGUAAUAUCAGUAAUGGUGUUGAAAAUUUGCAAGAUUCUCAAGAAGAGACCGAUACUGCUCUUCAGGCUGAUGAAGAACAAAGAGAGAAAUUAGUAAGACUUCCUAUAGGCAGAGUAAGAAAUAUUAUUAAAAUGGACCCCGAUGUAAAUUUGGUUAAUCAGGAGGCAGUAUUUUUAAUAGCAAAAUCGACGGAACUUUUUAUUGAUUCAUUGGCAAAGGAAGCCUAUAAAUAUACUGUACAAACAAAAAAAAAAACAGUCCAAAAACGAGAUAUUGAAAAUGCAAUUAAUAAUGUAGAUGCGCUUGUGUUUCUAGAAGAAAUGCUUGAGUAAAUUAGGAAGUAAUUUUCUUAAUUUAUAUUCUAAUUAGUAAGAAGUUAUGUAAUAUAACAAAAAAUUGUUUAAUAAAUAUUUUUAUAUUUUCUAACUUUAA